GAUGGGCAGCACACUAGAAAUUCAACGAGCGUCGACGAUAAACAGUCGGAGAGUAAUGCGCACGGUAAGUCGCAGUGCAAAGCUCGUAAGCAGAAGAGCAGGGAAUCCGAGAGGAAGGCCGUGCCCGACAAGGUUCUGCGCUCCUCCAACAUCACCGAUCUGGUAAUGGAGGGCCUGAUGUUCACCAUACGGCAGGACCGGGACAGCGUGGCCGUCAUCGAGCAGAAGACUAAAUUGGAAGUGGACGAGGUCUUGGAGAAUUCCGAGAAGGUCGAGACGAAGGCCGGAGAGAAGUGUCUGUUGAAUUCGAGCUUGCUGCGGCUGGAGAACCUGGUGACCAUGAUCGACUCUCCGCGCGCUAAAGGCGAGCAGCGCAAGAGUCGCCACGCGAUCGGCAGUACCGCAAAUCUGUCGCCGUUCAAUCUUUUUCCUAACGGCACUGUAUAUAAUGUAAAUAUCAAUGAUGUAGAUGCAGGAUUAGAUAAAUCUAGCGUUUCCAAUUACGACAGGUCUAACGCGAAGAAACAUUAUUUGCUCGACCAGCCGCGACGGCAGCAUCAACGCGUUCCCUCUAGCAAUAAGAGUAGCGACAGUUGUUCGGCAAGCGAGAUCUCGACGGAGAAGUACUAUGGACUAUUAAUGGAAAGCGGUGGCGACGAGCGAGACAAGAGAUACAAUGAUAACACCGAGACGGAUGAAGAAGAG